UAAUUGCUCGUCUCUCUCUCUCUCUCUCUCUCUCUCUCUCUCUCUCUCUCUCUCUCUCUCUCUCUCUCUCUCUCCAUCGUCGCCCACAACGUAGUCAUUAUUUUUGACAGAAUUAAUCAGUGCUUGGCUUUCAUAACCCUUUCAUUUGACUACGAUACACUGCGAUACUUUCUACAGAACACAAUCAAUCAGUUGUGUUUUGUAUCAUUGCCUUCACUUUCAAGCAUUAUCACAAGUAUAUAAAUAUAUCGUUGGGUUUGACUAGUCCAAGUCUUCGAAUAUAAUAAUAGUGUGAGUGCUUUUACGAAUUAGUUGGAUUAGACUCGUUUCUUCAUCGUCACUAGUUUUAUCUUGUUGACGCUUCAUACAUACGUAAUAUAGGUUGUAUUUCGGCCGAAAGUACCCUGGUGGUAAUGAAACCUUGUAUGAAAUUCUGUGCAAAGGUUGCCUCUUUUUUCGUUUGAUAUCGUUCGUUUGUUUCUGCAACAUUAUUUUACACCAGAACGCCAUAAAUGACUUAUUUUUUGUUAUCACAUUCUUCUAUUGCCUGUCCACGUUGCUUUUUCUUUUAUUUUAGUUUACCUUUCUUUUUGUUUACUGGUAAUUUUGCAUAUACUCAUGUUAGUUUUAAGGAUACGUAAUGACGCUUGACCUCCUCACGUCAUCUAACCUGGCGAGAUCUCGUGAGCCAAGAGUCAAUUUCUUUUUGACUCAUGUUUUGAAUGACCUAAACAUGUGACUUGAAAACCACGACAUUUCUUCUAGUACUGUCCCUUUUUUUGGUUUUGGGCCCCAAUUGAUCUAAGGUAAGUUGCAGUGACGGCAAGUUAAUACUCUCUUAUUGUGAGAUAAACUGUAGGUCUUACAACAAGAAAGAGAGCUCCACCAUGAAGAAGAGUCUUGCUUGCUCAUAGUGUUUCCUCGCUCAGUUACGUCAACGCAAACUCCGGGCGAAGUUCAUACACGUUCCUCAUCCCCAUAUCUGGAUGCGGUACGAGGAACUUCGACAACGAGGUGGAUGGAACUUCUGGAUUCCAGAAUAUGAUCAUGAUCCAGAAUGAAGAGUUCGUACAGGAGGUUUGGGAUACAGCCAGAAAGAUCACAUGUGACUGGACCAAUCGUAUGGAAAAACUAAUCACAUUCCAGCCCUUCUCCGUGGACAUGUUACAGGCGAAGGAAGUUCGCUACACUGGCGACGACCUCAAGUGCUGGAUGGAUAUCAAGGUCGGCAAAGGUCCCUUUGGUGACUCCAUUGACGGUAUAGUGAAGAUCGGCGAGGAACUGACCAUUGUGGUGUACUCCAAGGAUGGAGGGAUGGACUUUGACAUGCUGGUGAAGAACUGCUAUGCAUAUGACUCACAGAACAUUGAAGAUAAAAAGACAACUCGCAUCCAGCUCAGUGAUGACAAAGGAUGUCUCCUUAAACCAAAGUUGAUGAGUUACUUCUACCGAACCCGAGACACAGGAUCAACAGGAGCAGAUCUCAUUUCCUAUGCCUCACUCUAUGCUUUCAAGUUCCCUGACAAGAUGGAUUUCUACUUGACAUGUGAGGUUGAGCUUUGCAAAGGUGGUUGCAAGGAUGUGUGCCAAGACCCUAAAUAUCCAACCAACGUCAUAAACUACUUUGUCAGCACCACAAGCACUACAACCACCACCAGACGCCCACCUCCUGUGAACUACUGCGUAACAAGUCCUGGAUCUUCCCAAUGUUGUGGUAGGACACCCCGACACCCGAGCUGCACCACCACCACGACACGAAGCCCUGAUCCUUGUAUCACCAAUCCAGGGUCCUCCCAAUGUUGUGCUAGAAAUCCUUCACAUCCUAGGUGCACCACCACCACUACCACUACCACCACCACCACCACCCCCACCACCACAACCACACGAAGGCCUGAUCCUUGCGUCACCAAUCCAGGGUCCUUCCAGUGCUGUGCCAGGAAUCCUUCACAUCCUAGAUGCACUACUACUACUACUACCACCACCACCACCACACAAAGGCCUGACCCUUGUGUCACCAAUCCAGGGUCAUUCCUCUGUUGUGCCAGGAAUCCUUCACAUCCUAGAUGUACCACCACCACCACCACCACCACACGAAGGCCAGAUCCUUGCUUAACUAAUCCAGGAUCAUUCAUCUGUUGUGCUAGGAAUCCUUCACACCAAAGCUGCACCACCACCACCACCACCACCACACAGAGACCAGACCCUUGUGUCACAAAUCCAGGGUCCUUCCAAUGUUGUGCCAGGAAUCCUUCACAUCCUAGAUGCACCACCACCACCACCACCACCACCACCACACGAAGGCCAGAUCCUUGUGUCACCAAUCCAGGGUCCUUCCAAUGUUGUGCCAAGAAUCCUUCACAUCCUAGAUGCACCACCACCACCACCACCACCACCACCACCACCACCACCACCACACGAAGGCCAGACCCUUGUGUCACCAAUCCAGGGUCCUUCCAAUGUUGUGGAAGGACUCGAACACAUCCUAGCUGUACCACCACCACCACCACCACACGAAGGCCAGAUCCUUGUGUCACCAAUCCAGGGUCCUUCCAAUGUUGUGCCAGGAAUCCUUCACAUCCUAGAUGCACCACCACCACCACCACCACCACACCGAGGCCAGACCCUUGUGUCACCAAUCCAGGGUCCUUCCAAUGUUGUGCCAGGAAUCCUUCACAUCCUAGAUGCACCACCACCACCACCACCACCACACGAAGGCCAGAUCCUUGUGUCACCAAUCCAGGGUCCUUCCAAUGUUGUGCCAGGAAUCCUUCACAUCCUAGAUGCACCACCACCACCACCACCACCACCACCACCACCACCACCACCACACGAAGGCCAGAUCCUUGUGUCACCAAUCCAGGGUCCUUCCAAUGUUGUGCCAGGAAUCCUUCACAUCCUAGAUGCACCACCACCACCACCACCACCACCACCACACGAAGGCCAGAUCCUUGCUUAACUAAUCCAGGAUCAUUCAUCUGUUGUGCCAGGAAUCCUUCACACCAAAGCUGCACCACCACCACCACCACCACCACACAGAGACCAGACCCUUGUGUCACCAAUCCAGGGUCCUUCCAAUGUUGUGCCAAGAAUCCUUCACAUCCUAGAUGUACCACCACCACCACCACCACACAGAGGCCAGAUCCUUGUGUCACCAAUCCAGGGUCCUUUCAAUGUUGUGCCAGGAAUCCUUCACAUCCUAGAUGUACCACCACCACCACCACCACUACACAGAGGCCAGAUCCUUGUGUCACCAAUCCAGGGUCCUUCCAAUGUUGUGCCAGGAAUCCUUCACAUCCUAGAUGUACCACCACCACCACCACCACCACCACCACCACACCGAGUCCAGAUCCUUGCGUCACCAAUCCAGGGUCCUUCCAAUGUUGUGGAAGGACUCCAAGACAUCCUAGCUGUACUACUACUACCACCACCACCACCACCACCACACAAAGGCCAGAUCCAUGCUUAAUUAAUCCAGGAUCAUUCAUCUGUUGUGCCAGGAAUCCUUCACACCAAAGCUGCAUCACCACCACCACCACCACCACCACCACACAAAGACCAGACCCUUGUGUCACCAAUCCAGGGUCCUUCCAAUGUUGUGCCAUGAAUCCUUCACAUCCUAGAUGUACCACCACCACCACCACCACCACACGAAGGCCAGAUCCUUGUGUUACCAAUCCAGGGUCCUUCCAAUGUUGUGCCAGGAAUCCUUCACAUCCUAGAUGCACCACCACCACCACCACCACCACCACACGAAGGCCAGACCCUUGUAUCACCAAUCCAGGGUCCUUCCAAUGUUGUGCCAGGAAUCCUUCACAUCCUAGAUGCACCACCACCACCACCACCACCACACGAAGGCCAGACCCUUGUGUCACCAAUCCAGGUUCCUUCCAAUGUUGUGGAAGGACUCCAAGACAUCCUAGCUGUACCACCACCACCACCACACGAAGGCCAGAUCCUUGCUUAACUAAUCCAGGGUCCUUCCAAUGUUGUGCUAGGAAUCCUGCACAUCCUAGAUGCACCACUACCACCACUACCACCACAACCACACAGAGGCCUGACCCUUGUGUCAGAAAUCCAGGUUCCUCCCAGUGCUGUGCCAGGAAUCCUUCACAUCCUAGGUGCACCACCACUACCACCACCACCACCACCACACGUACACCAGAUCCUUGUGUCACCAAUCCAGGAUCUGUUCGCUGCUGCUCUAAGGAUUCAUCUCAUCCAAGCUGCAUCACGAAUCCUUGUUCAGGACCUGGUGACCCACGCCCACAAUGUCGUUCAACCACCCGACCGCCCACUACCACGCCCAAUCUCGAGCAUCACGCUUUCCAUGCCUGGCGCAAACAAAAUUCUAAGCCCUCUCGUCGCCGCCGUCCUCCAUAUGGCACUAACUUGAGUCCUGCAGCUCUAGAAGCACUCAAAAAAAGAACGCAGCGUGAUGUGGCAUUACCUCCACCUCCGCCGCCUCCCCCUCAGAAGACUGUCGUUGCUAUGGCCAGAGGAUUCCGUGUGGUGGCAGAUAAUGACCUUAACUUCCCUAGCACGUCGUGGACUGAACGAGUGAAUGCCCCUCAGAAGGACAGUGUGUGCGUGCCUAGCACUACUUUCGCCAUCGGUCUGUUCGUGUUGUCGCUUCUUUUUGCUACCGUAGUCCUCGUUGCUGCCUCUGUAUGCCUUAGGCUUAGGGCUUUGGUGUCCCAGAAGAAGCUUGAGGCCAAAAACUAUCAUUACCAGCAGUGACCUUCCUGGCCUGCUGACCCACCCUGCCCCCGAUUGCUGGAUUCAAACUGGGGCAGGAUGGACUCCUGAAAUCCGGCGACUCUUCACCCGUCAGGUUUCUGCUGGCGACGACCUGCGAGGCUUAGGGUCGCCGCUAACUAUCCUGUGCAGGUCACAGGUCAACUCCAAACACCUUAAUGCUGAGGCCUGACUCUUCACGGGACCCAUCACACCAUCACCUGACGAGAACGAGACACGCACAAUCGCACAUAGAGACGCCCGGUAAUGACUCAGGUGUUCCUACUCCAACUGCCGACACCUGCUGACACUGUGACAUUGACUGUACACGCACUCCGACCUUCAGGUUAUAGUUUCCUCAAUACACAACCACGCCUUCUGCUGCUGCGUCAGGAAAGCCUCACCUUCCCUCCAUCUGUAUGAAGCUAGAGAGAAAGCUCCAAGGGAAGGUUGCCAAACUGCCUCUGUGCCUGACGACGCCAAACGUGUUAACACUGCCUUGUAUAAUGAUGCCACACAGCUUUUGUAAACCUCGAAAUUACACCUGAUGUCAAAAUAAACACUGAUAAGUCUAAA